AAAUGAAACAAAACGAAAAGUGACAUAUUAGACUAAAGCCCUCUGUAACAGCAGAUCAGACAGCAGAAGAAGAAAGGGGACCAUAAUAAAUCAUUACUGCAGGUUUACAGCUUCCAACAGAGAGUGUGGAUUAUGUGUACUCGUGGCCAGGAACGACCAGGAACGACAGCUGACACACAGGAAGUCUGACUGGUGCUCAACCGAGCCAGAUUAUCCAAUCAGCAUCACCUGUGUGAAGCUGGUGUGUGACAGCCUGAGGUACUGAGAAGGAACCCUGACCAUGACCUGCUGCGACUUUUCAAAAUAAGAGCAUGAAGCUGUUGGUGAUUAAGCUUUAGGAGUGCCUGUGUGUGUUUGUGUGUGAGCAGACCAGCAGAUUUUACAGCAUGAGGUUCACUUCACCCACAGAAACAUGUUCAAACACUCUAAAUACAAACAUAUAUUAAAAUGCAUGAAUAUAAUGCACUCAUUUUAUUUACAGUCACUUUAUUAGGUGCACCUGUUCAACUCAGAUAUCUGACCAGCCAAUCACAGGGUAGCAGCAAAGUGAUGAAGAGGAGCUGCUGAGGUUCAAAUGAAGCGUCAGAAUGAUGAUUUAGGAGACUGGUGUGUCCAGACCCCAGUGAGCGUUUCAGGAGGAGGUGUACCUAAUAAAGUGGCUGUGAGUGUAAAUUCUGCACAAAGUCCUGUGAAAUAUGUGAGUUUCAACUUUGUGGGUCCGCUCAAUCAAUCAGUUGAUCGGUCAGUGAACCGAUCGAUCAUCUGCAGUGUUUCCUCUUCAGCAUGUUGGGGCUCUGACAGCUGCAGAAACCUGAUCAGCUGAUUGGUGGCUCAUCCUGGGGUGUCCACGUGCACAGCCUGACCUUUCAUUGUUAGAGAAGCUGCUGCACGCGCUGUUAGUCUGGAUGAUGUCAUUACCCCAACACUUUCCCUUUAACGUGCUGAACAUCCGGGCAGCAGGGGGCAGCAGUGGCGCUCAGGGGCCACUGGCUGUGUUUGUGAGGGCUCCGAAGUCCACCAGAACCCGGACCCCAGCUCAGACCUCUGAGGGUCCCACAGGUGAGGCCCAGUGCACCUGUCCUCACCUCAGGUGGCAGGGUCCUCCGAGUUUACUCCAGAAUUAAAGUCACAAGAACUCAAAAUAAAGGCUGUUUUUAUUCUAAAUAACAAACUUUAUUAGGACAAACAGCAGAAACACCUCACCCCACCUGCGGCAGGUGCGGAGUCAGAUGAUGACCUCACUGAUCACGGGGACUCCGCUGCUCUUAGCGGGCUCCUCUGCCGCCUCUCAGCCCCCGAUCAGCAUCGCGCCGGGCGGUGGAGGGAGCCCCUUCGGCUUCCUCCCAGAGCAUCCGCUGUGCUCCGCGGGCCCCCGGCCGCAUCUCUGCCGGCGGUCCCCGGGCCUCCCGCCUGUUCAGCAUCUGGACCCAGAGAGGGCUCGGAGUACGCAGUCGCAGUUGGGUUUGAGUGAAAACGGCGUAAAUGUAAAAUAGCGUCCGUUAAAGAGUGCGUGUGCGGCGGCUCCAGCGGGGCUGGCUGCCGCUGUGGCCGCUGUCUCUGGUUUCAUCCUCCGCCUUUGUCCUCAUGUUUUCCCCCGGAGUUCCUCCCCCUGCGGCGCUGGGCGGAGUUUCAUACCGGACUAGACGCUCCUUUUGUCGGAUUCGUUUCGACCUGACUCCCCGGGGUUUACGGCUGAAAAAACCACACUUCCACGGUCCCGAAAGCAGCCGAACCGGCACGGUGCCGUGCAGUAUCACCCCGGCUUUCUGUCCGAACCAGCAGAGGGAGGGGCGGAGCCUCCUCCGUCGGUCACUGCAGGAUGAACGGCAGCAGCAGCGUCUCCACGGCUCAGAGCACCAGGGUCAAGACUGAACCAGAUGACUGGAGUAAGGAGGACUGUCUGACUCUGCUGGAGAGGAUUCGCACCCUGUUGCCUGACGGAGACGCCAUGAAGUAUAAAACCACCGAGUCGCACUUUGACUGGGAGAAAGUUUGUUUUGGCGGCUUCACCGGCGAGAUGUGUCGCCAGAAGUGGCAGAAAGUCUCGUCUGAGGUCAGGAAGUACCGAACGAUGACGGAGCUCAUCGUGGACGCCAUCGAGUUUGUGAAAAACCCAUAUAAAGGCAAGAAACUGAAGACUCACCCAGAUUUCCCGAAGAAGCCUCUGACGCCAUACUUUCGCUUCUUCAUGGAGAAACGAGCCAAAUACGCCAAAAUCCAUCCAGAGAUGAGCAACCUGGACCUCACCAAGAUCCUGUCCAAGAAGUACAAGGAGCUGCCCGACAAGAAGAAGCAAAAGUACAUCACAGAGUUCCAGCGUGAGAAAGAAGAUUUCGAGAAGAACAUGGCUCGAUUCAAGGAGGAGCACCCCGAGCUGAUCGAGGAGAGGAAGAAGUCGGACCUGCCGGAGAAACCCAAAACCCCCCAACAGCUGUGGUACAACCACGAGAAGAAGACCUACAUGAAGCUGCACCCCGAGGUGAGUCAGAAGGAGCUGAAGGAGGCUCUGAGGAGACAGUGGUCCCAGCUGUCCGACAAGAGGAGACUGAAGUGGAUCAGCAAGGCGCUGGAGCUCCAGAAAGAUUACGAGGACAGCAUGAGGGUCUACCUGGAAGCUCAUCCAGACGUAAACUCGGACGAUCAUGUCCGCUCCGUCCUCACCAAAGCCGAGAGACAGCUGAAAGACAAGUUCGACGGACGGCCGACCAAACCUCCCCCUAACGGGUACUCGCCGUACUGCGUUUUGACUCUGUUUUGCAGUAACGGGUACUCGCUGUACUGUGCGGAGCUGAUGGUGAACAUGAAGGACGUGCCGAGCACGGAGCGCAUGGUGCUGUGCAGCAAACAGUGGAAGAUGAUGACGCAGAAGGAGAAGGACAUGUUCCAGAAACGCUGCGAGCAGAAAAAGAAGCAGUAUGACAUCGACCUGCAGCGCUUCCUGGAGAGUCUUCCAGAGGAGGAACGAGACAGAGUCAUGACUGAGGAGAAAAUGGGCGGGGCCAAAUUGGGUGCAGGCGUGGCCUCAAGCCCCCACAGAGCCAAGUCUCCAUCAGUCAAGGAGCGGUGUCGAGAGGCGGAGUCUGAGCCGUGGGUUGCCGCUGGACUGCCGAAAGAAAGACGGGACGGGAAAAAGACGGCAGCAGCAAAGCUUCCAGAGACGCCAAAGACGGCGGCGGAGAUGUGGCAGCACAGCGUGAUUGGCGACUACCUGGCUAAGUACAGAAGUGACCGCAGGAAGGCCCAGGCGGCGAUGGACACGGCGUGGAACUCGAUGGAGAAGAAGGAGAAGAUUCCGUGGAUCAAGAAGGCGGCAGAAGACCAGAAACGUUACGAGAGGGAGCUGUUGGAGAUGAGGACUCCAGUGGCGGGUCAGCGGAAGCCCAAGUUUGACGGCGAGCCGAAGAAGCCUCCAGUGAGCGGCUACCAGAUGUUCUCCCAGGAGCUGCUGACCAAUGGCGAGCUGAACCACUUCAGCCUGAAGGAGCGGAUGGUGGAGAUCGGGAAACGCUGGCAGAAGCUGAGCCAGAGCCAGAAGGACAAGUACAAGAAGCUGGUGGAGGAGCAGCAGGUGGAGUACAAGGCGGAGCUGGAGGCCUGGGUCAAGUCUCUGUCUCCUCAGGACCGCGCCGUCUACAAGGAGAUCUCGUCUUCGAAACGUCGCAGCACCGCCAAAGUUCGAAGCAGCCCCGUAGCUAAAGUCCGCGUGACUGCGAAGGGGAAGGCGGGAAGUUCAAGAGCUGCGACACCUGGUGUGGCAGUGAGCAAGAGGGCGAUGGCGUACCGAGCCAAGCAGGACAUGUCUGACUCAGACGACGAGGAGAAGAGCGAGUCGUCGGACUCUGACGAAGACGACGAGACGUCAGGAAGCACAGACAGCGACGACGACGAGAACGACGAUGACGAAGACGACGACGACGAAGACCAGAGCUCCUCGGAGGAAUCCAGUGACUCGGACACAGACUAGCUUCACCCUUUCCUCCUCAUUGGAGAGGACAGGCUGUGCAGGCCACACCUCCUCACAGACCAAUCAUCCUGGCAGACCAAUGAGAGGAUGUUAUGCGGCACCGGCCCCUCCCGCCUUCCUCUGAAGAGGGCGGAGCCUUUUGUUACCCGUGUUUGUUUUUUAUCGAGUGCGUGUUGGUUUUUAGCAGAUGGGCGGAGCAAAGCUCAGGUGGGCUCUCAAGUGUCCUUUUGACAAAAUGGUGAAGGCAGGGCAGGGGGCAGGGUUUGUACAGUUUGGCAGGUGGGGGCGCAGUGAGCAGCAGUUCAGGGUUCAGCCACCCACCUGAAAUUAUUAAUAAAUGCACUUUUCUCA